UUCUGUGGGAACAGCUGUGGGAUAUAGUUAUUAUUCCUUCCAAUCAAUGGCAUCAUGGACGAUUCUAACGCUCUGCUUAGGAUGCAAUGUAUAUAUUUUUCAAGUCAUCUUCAUAAUGGGAGCGACCUUAGAUUUAUUUGACUUAAGAAGUCAGUGUUGAAAACAGCGUCGUCCUUCAGUGGUCUUCUUGGAACCGUUGUGUGAGGAUCGUUUAGAAUGUGUGGAGAUAGUUAAACAGUGGACAUUAGAGUUUGCCAGGUUGUGUCACACAUUUAGAGACUUAUGCAGACGUGGUUGAUGCAACGGCGAGCAGACGUGGGUUGGGCAGACGACAUUUGAAAUCAAAAACCUUUCCCUUUUGAAGAAGAAAAUCUUCAUUUAUUCCGUGAAGAGUUUUUCAUCGGACAUCGUUUAGCAAAUACCCCGGGGUCCUUCAGUGCUUAUGAAUUGACAUGGAGUGAGCAGACGACACGUUUAUUUUGGCGAGAAAUUGCUGCAGGUGAUAAACGUUAUCUUUGCGAAGUGAUAAUCAGCGUUCUGAUGAUUGCACGUGACUGCCGACUUUGACAACGAAUGUUACAGAGCAAUAGCCAUGACGUCGGAGACAUCUUUGUUGACAGUUGACGAAGGGAAACCAUUGGUUUACGACCCAUCUUUCAAAGGACCAAUCAAAAAGAGAUCAUGUACGGACAUCAUCUGCUGUAUCCUGUUCCUGGCGUUCGUGGGGGGACAGGUGGUAGUGGGCUUUUAUGCCUAUGCCUAUGGAGACCCCACCCUCCUGCUCUACCCCCAGGAUUCUCAGGGUAACCUGUGCGGCAUUGGUACAAUGCGGGGGAGAAACAACUUGUUCUUUUUCGACCUGACGGAGUGCGGCCGGAUGGGUCCUGGCGUGUUCAUCAACGGUUGCCCCACCCCCCAGGUGUGUGUGUCGAGCUGUCCAGAUGUCAACUACGUGGCCGCCACAGACUUCCUCAAAACCGGAAAUGCCGCGACGGAUUUGAUAUGCGUUGACGGAGCCGACAAAACACAGAUGGUGAAGGACUUAGUAUUUUCAAAGGCUUGUGCCCCGUUCUACCUCAAGAGCACCCCAGUUGUAAACAGAUGUCUGCCAGAUAUAAGUCAGUUCAUCAGUCUGGGUAAGACCGUUGCUGAAGUGACGACCAACGCCGGAAGCAAUAUCCCCAUCACAGAUGGCAGCAACAACACGGUAACAGGGGAGGCCAUCAAGGUGGCAGAGGAGCUUCACCAAGACUACAAUAUAACACCAAGCGACCUGGAGGCCAGUGUCAGGGUAUUCCAGGCGUUUCUCAAAGCCAAGGAAUAUGGAGAGAAGAUUAUCUCGGAUAUUGUGGAGACAUGGUACUUGAUUCUCGUGUUAUUGGUGCUGACGAUGAUCGUCUCCCUUAUAUACAUCGUCAUCAUGAGGUGGAUCGCCGGCUUCAUGGUGUUCUUCAGUCUCGUCGCCUUCGUCGGCAUCUUCGGCGCAGGUUCUGGCUACUGUUUCUACGAAUGGUACCACUCCCGAGGAUCUCAAGAAUCCUACACCAUCUACAUGGGAGGUUUGACCUUCACCUUUCAGAAGGAAAAGCUAUUUCUCGGAUGCGGCAUAACAGCGGGAGUCAUCUUCCUCAUCGUCGUGCUCAUCCUGCUCUUCCUCAUCUCCAGGAUCCGCAUCGCCGUGGCCCUCAUCAAGGAGGGAAGCAGGGCUGUUGGGAACAUGAUGUUCACGCUCCUCUGGCCUAUCUUCCCCUUCCUCAUGCAGCUGGUCGUCGUAGGGGUUCAGCUGGCCGUUGCUGUGUACCUGGCGUCCAUUGGGCGGAACCAGCAACUAGGUCAGAACAACAUCACGUAUGCUAACGGGACUGUGAACGAGGACCUCGUCAAGGAGACCACUAAAAGCCUGUUCCAGCAGAUACCAUGUGACACUGAUAAUUCAAGCAAAUACGAGACGAACGACACGACUCUUGGGAACGUGUGUGGUUACUUGAAGUAUGGCCGUGGAGACUUCACUAUCUACCUCCAAAUCUACAACAUCUUCAUGCUGUUUUGGAUGGUCAACUUCGCGGUGGCCCUGGGUCAGAUGACGCUGGCCGGAGCGUUCGCCUCGUACUACUGGGCGUGGGACAAGAGCAAGGACAUUCCGACCUUCCCAUUGGUCAGCUCCUUCUGGCGUUGCUUCAGGUAUCACCUGGGCACCCUGGCGUUCGGCGCCCUGAUCAUCGCGAUCGUCCAGAUGAUCCGGGUGUUCCUGGAGUAUCUGGACCACAAGCUCAAGGGCAGUGAGAACCCUGUGGCCAAAUUCUUCUUGACAUGUCUGAAGUGCUGCUUCUGGUGUCUGGAGAAGUUCAUCAAAUUCAUCAACAAGAAUGCCUACAUCAUCACCGCCAUCUAUGGCAAGAAUUUCUGCAUGGCAGCAAAAGACGCGUUUUUCCUCAUCCUUCGAAACGUCGUCAGGGUUGUCGUUAUAGACAAGGUGACGGAUUUCCUGCUAUUUAUCGGGAAACUGGUAAUCGUGGGACUUGUGGGAGCUGGGUCGUUCUUUUUCUUCGACGGGAGGAUACCGUACUUAGCCAAGUACACGCCUAACCUCAACUUUUAUGUUGUUCCUAUUGUGGUCGUCAUCAUUGGCAGCUACGUCAUCGCCUCCUGCUUCUUCAGCGUUUACGGCAUGGCCGUGGACACACUCUUCCUGUGUUUCCUGGAAGAUCUCGAACGUCACGACGGCUCGGCAGACAAGCCCUACUACAUGAGCAAGGAACUGAUGGGAAUCCUCGGGAAGAAGAACACCAUUCCCAAGAAGGAGGACUGACCUCCGACACUUCUCUGAAUGGACGUCAAAACUACAGCGUCCUUGACAUUCUAGAUGAACUUUGACCCUUUGUUUCCAUCGCAACUUUUUGCUCUCCACUGUGAUACCUGUACAUACUUUGACUCAGUAUUGUGUACAGACAUAUUGUUGUCAGAUAAUCAUCCAUGAUAAGGGCAACGAUCGGUCUUAGGGCCCUCAUUAUGGAUAGUUAAAUGUACUCUUCUCCUGUAUGUGUGAUAUGGAAAUGACAAGAGUUUAUACAGAUAUGAACUGCCUAUUUUUUCACAAAAGCUACCUUUUAAGUAUUUCAAGAUAUAAGGGCUACUGAACUAUAUUUUCUAAAUUUUAAAAAAUAAAAUUGUUUUAAACGACUGUUUUAAGGAGCAACGUAAUAGUCAGUACAACCAAAGGAGACAAAUCAUCACUAUCUUGUCACUUCCUUAUACACGUACGUGUUAUAGCGUGUAGGGGCCUCUAUGGCAUGUAUAUGGCAAAGUUGUCCUCUUAAUGCCAGACCCUUAUACAGCUACAUACGUGUAUAUAAUCUACAAAUAUAUAACUCUAUAUAGUUGAUACCCGGGGUGGAUUCAGUUUUUGCUAAAACAGACCCCGUAGUAUAUGGUUGUUGCCACAAAUUGGUGGUCUCAGUGCUAGUGAUGGAAAAUAUGGUAAUAAGUCGUAGACAAAUAUGUAUGUUAUAGUAUCUGUUAUCUGAGAAUGGUCAGAGAAUGUGAGUGUUGGUUUAUGUGUAAAGAAUUGGCGUCUUUGUGUUGAAGUCGUGAAGUUGUAGGUUCUAAUAUAAAAGUUUGUGUUGGUUGGUUUUCUAAGCCCGUUGCCAUAGUUACCGACUAUUUAUAUAGAUGACAGCUGUAAAUGUAUUCCUGCAACCAAAGUAGAGACUGUAAGAGUUCACUAUUCUUGUUGUUUACAAUCAAUUCUUGCCAGAAAACUAUUUUAUAUAACCUGAGAUAUUU